AUGGAAGAUCCGGACAAGAAGACUGAAGUAGUACUGCUGGCCUGUGGGUCCUUCAAUCCUAUUACGAACAUGCAUCUAAGGCUCUUUGAGCUGGCUAAAGACUACUUUCAUGAAACAGGAAAAUACAAAGUAAUCAAAGGAAUAAUUUCACCAGUAGGUGAUGCAUAUAAGAAGAAAGGUCUGAUCAGUGCGAAUCACCGAGUAACUAUGGCAAAACUAGCUACCAAAAACUCAGAUUGGGUGGAAGUGGAUGAUUGGGAAAGCAGCCAGAGUGAGUGGUUGGAAACACUAAAAGUUUUAAGGUACCAUCAUCAAAAGCUUUUAUCUCCUGAUGCCACUAAUAGUCUGCAGAAUGCUAUACCUUUAACAAAGGCAGGACGGAAGAGGAAGCAGGAACCUACUAGGCAUGAGCCCGUGAAAAAGAAAAAUCAGAGUCCAGAUAUAAAAAGUGUCCCACAGGUUAAACUGCUUUGUGGAAGUGACAUGCUGGAAUCUUUUGGCAUCCCCAAUCUGUGGAAGCUGGAGGACAUCACUGAAAUUGUGGAAAAUCAUGGCCUUGUAUGCAUCAGUAGGGCUGGAAACAGCGUUCAGAAAUUCAUCUAUGAAUCUGAUAUUUUGUGGAGGCAUAAGAAUAACAUUCACCUUGUGGAAGAAUGGAUCACAAAUGACAUUUCCUCCACCAAGAUUAGGAGAGCACUGCGGAGGGGGCACAGCAUUCGUUACCUAGUGCCUGAUGCAGUUCAAGCAUACAUAGAAAAAAAUAAUCUGUAUAGUCCAGAGAGUGAAGACAGGAAUGCUGGGGUUGUCUUGGCUCCCUUACAGAAACAUGCAAGUGAUUCCAAGAACUAA